UCGUCACUCGUUAGUCGUGUUGCGAUCGCGGAGUCAAGCAGUGUGUUCUCUCCGUUGCCCCCACUUCGUACUGAUUAUUAGAACUUUGUUUCGAUUUUUGCCGUGCGCGCGUGUUGUUUGUGUGUGUCAGGUUUUCCGAGCUGUUUCACUUGCUAAAUGAUCUUCUCCCGUGGGAAACACAAUGAACUGGUUUGGUAGAAGCUGCGUUCUGGGCCUGCUGCUGAUCAACUUCAGUCCGCUAGUGGUCAAUGCCCAACAAGCUUGUACCGCGCCGGAUCAGAAACCUGGCCGUUGCACCCUGCUGCGAUCGUGCGGCAGUCUUUUCACAUUGAUCAAGAAGCAACCUCUGCUGCCGGAUGAUCGCGUCUUCCUCAGUCGAAGCCAAUGCGGAUGGUCCGUACAGGACAAUCACCCACUGGUGUGCUGUAGCGAUCCGCUGGAUACCCCAAUUCGUGUUGGAGCUUCCCUUCUGCCGGCGGUCGGCGUUUGCGGUAUUCAGACCAGCGAUCGGAUCGUCGGUGGUGUCAACACUAGGAUAGACGAAUUUCCCUGGCUUGCACUGCUCAAGUAUGCCAAACCAAACAACGUUAACGGGUUCCACUGUGGUGGUGUUCUGAUCAACGAUCGAUAUGUACUCACUGCGUCGCACUGUGUCAAUGGUAAAGACAUCCCAGUAACCUGGAAUCUGGCAGAGGUUCGUCUGGGUGAAUGGGACACAUCGACGGCACAGGACUGCGAUGGGUUAGGUGUGGAUUCAGACUGUUCGCCGGAUCCCGUAGACGUGGUCAUCGAACGCAAAAUUCCCCACCCGGAUUACAAUCCACAGUCACUGGAACAGUACAACGAUAUCGCCUUGUUACGACUGGCACAGCAGAUAGUGUAUUCAGAUUUCAUCAAACCGAUCUGUUUGCCACGAUCGGCCGAGCUGAAGGAGAAGGGUAUCGUCGGUCAGAAACUGCAGGUCGCCGGAUGGGGACGCACGGCAACGGCACGGUUCAGUAAUGUCAAGCAAAAAGUCGGCGUAGACGGUGUUGAUAUGGCCCGGUGCAAUCAGGUGUACAAGCAGGAACAGGUUGUGCUGGGCGAUGGACAACUGUGUGCCGGUGGAGUAGCCGGUAAAGACUCCUGUCAGGGUGAUUCCGGGGGACCGUUGAUGGCGGUAACGACAAGUGAUGCGAAGAGUGCCUACUGGUAUCUGUCCGGGCUGGUGUCGUUUGGUCCGACGCCGUGCGGACAACAGGGAUGGCCGGGGGUGUAUACCAAUGUGGCCAAGUACGUCGAUUGGGUUGAGUCGAAUCUGGUGGUGUGAAGUGCGGCCUGUUAUCUGUAAUGAUUUUUAUUGUGCGAACAGAUGAACAAGAAGAAAAAAAUGCUUAAAUAGAAGAA